GAUAAAAUGGCGGACUUUCUCUCACGCGAACUGUGUUUUGUGCUUCUAUUGACGUUUUCAGCGAGGUGUUUUUGCUUCAAACCAGUGAUCAUCGUCCAUGGAAUACUUGAUCACGCGUCAGACAUGAAUGAUCUUGCUUCGUUUAUAACGCAAGCCCAUCCCGGCACCAACAUUACGUUGAUAAAAUUGUUUGAGGAAUUAGACAGCUUCAAGCCAAUGUGGAUGCAGGUCUCAGCGAUGUCUGAAAAAAUUCGAGAAGCGAUGCAAGAGGCUAAAGAUGGAGUUCAUAUGAUCGGCUUCUCCCAAGGUGGACUGACUGUGCGCGCAAUCUUGGAGACCAUGGAUAACCAUAAUGUUGAGAGCUUUAUUUCCCUAUCCAGCCCCCAGAUGGGUCAAUAUGGAGACACUGACUAUCUGAAGCCAUACAUUCCAAAGCUUGCUACAAAAGAUCUUUACAUACUAUUUUACACUGAAUAUUUUCAAGAUAGAGUUUCUUUAGCAAACUACUGGAAUGAUCCACACCAUGAAGAAAAGAACUAUGAGUACAACGUGUUCUUGCCAGUGGUAAACAACCUUAAGUCAUCAAAGUUUUUCAAUGCAUCAGUUUCUGCACAAUUCAAAGAGAAUUUCCUUCGAAUCAAGAACUUGAUUUUGGUAGGAGGUCCAGAUGAUGGUGUCAUUACACCAUGGCAGUCAAGCCAGUUUGGGUUUUACAACACAAAUCAAACAGUUGUGGAUAUGAAAAAUCAACAGGUUUAUCUUGAAGACACCUUUGGCUUGCGCACUCUGAAUGAAAGAGGGGCAGUUCAUCAGUACACCUUUCCUGGGGUAAAUCACACCCAUUGGCAUGGAACAGAGAAAGUGUUUGUGGAAGCUAUUGAGCCUUGGUUAACUUGAUAAAACCUUUGCUAAAUUGGAGUCAAUAGAGAAGAAAUCAAAAGGAAUUGUUUGCAAUUUGGUUAAUUAUUACUACUGUUAGCACCCUUAAACUCCCAGAAGUGAUUGGCAAGUAACUUCUCUCUACAGCAAAAAAGUAACAAGAAUAAUCAGAUUUAUCAAGUAGAAGUUGUUAACUAAAACUAACACCAGAUCUCGUAACUAACUUACAGAGAAAUGUAGGGAAGCUAGAGGAAACAACUAAUAAUCAGAUCUUCGGAGUGAAAGAGUUAAAGGCUCUGCAAAGAAAAUGUUGCAGCAGGUCUUUGAAUCUUUUCUGGCUGGUCCUCAAAUUUUACUGUCAAGAGUUGACAUGUUGCAUUUUUGGAACUUGAAUUCUGAAUCUAUUUUCAUAGAGUUGUGUAUAGUUUGCUAAAAUAAUUAUAUUUUCAAAAGCUCUUGAAAUUUUAAGCAGUAUAAUCAGAGAGUAAAGAGAAUAGUGGCAGCAACACACAGUUUCGCUCAACUGUGUUCUCCAUAAAAAAAAAAAAAAAACCAGCAAGGCAGGUUUCACUCAACUGUGUUCUCCAUGGAAAAAAGAAAAAAAAAAAACAGCAAGGCAGGCUUCACUCAACUGUGUUUUCUGUGAAAAAAAAAAUGGCAAGGUAGGUUUCACUCUACUGUGUUCUCCAUGGAAAAAAGAA